UGUUGCACGCUGUUGCUGCACGCUGUUGCGUCCCUUCAUGUAUCCACAGUUGCGCAAAGAUUAAACAUUCAUUCUUGUGAUGGCUCCGCUACAGUAACAAACUGGGAUUACAACAAUCGAAAUAUUUCUAAUAGGAAAUUUGACAUACAGGAAAAUAGCCUAUAAUUCAUUAACUAUUAAUUUUUUGCAGUUUGCACAAAUAACUUUACUGCAGAUGCCAGGAUGGGAUCCCCAGCAAAAUCUGACGAAAAGACCAUGGAAUCAAUCAACAACAACAGCCACAAAUCCAAUGUUUCACAUUGUUUAGGCGGGCUGCCAACCGUAUUUUGCGUCAUGUUGUCGGUGUGUUCUAUGGCGUUUUGUUUUUUGGUAAACUUCAGGACAUCUCACCUGGAGUACAGAGUGCAGAUUUUGGAGAUGGAGAGAAUGUCCCUGAUCACUUCCGAUGAGAAUGGAACAGUACCUGGUCUUCCGGAUAUCAUUGAAAAACUUGUGCACGAGAGACUGACCAAAGCACUGCCCAAACUUCGCACUGCCAGGGACGUCAUUCAAGAGUGCUCCUGUCCUCCAGGGCCUCCAGGAAAACGGGGAAGGAUGGGAAGACGAGGCGACUCUGGAUCUCCAGGCACGCCUGGACGGGAUGGUUACCCGGGCCCACUUGGGAUGGAUGGGAAGCCUGGUGGUCCUGGUCCUAUGGGAAGCCAGGGACUGUCUGGGCCAAAAGGAGAAAAGGGAGACCAAGGAGAUAUGGGGCCCAGGGGACUCCCUGCACUUGCUGGCUCUGCAGGUCUGCUCAGUAAUCAGAUUCUCACGGUCAAGGGUGACCAGGGUCAGGCUGGCCCCCCUGGACCCCCGGGGCCCCCUGGAUCACCAGGGCCCAGAGGACCACCUGGGAACACAGGGAAGGAUGGGCCCAGAGGACCCCCUGGAGAGCAGGGUCCACCUGGUCAAGAUGGAAUCGAUGGAUUAGAGGGACUGAUGGGUCCUCCUGGACAGAAGGGUGAGGAUGGACAGCAGGGCAUGCCUGGAUCACAGGGGUCUCCGGGGUUAAAGGGGGAGCAGGGGCCUGCUGGUGACCAGGGCAGGACUGGCCUUGAUGGACUACCAGGGAUGAAGGGCUUACCAGGAGAGAAGGCUGUUCCUGGCUCCUAUGACAACAUCGGCCUUGGCCAAGUCAUUCAGGGUCCCCCAGGGCCACCAGGGCCCCCAGGAGGCCAAGGGUCAAAGGGAGAGUCAGGCUCACCUGGUGCACCUGGAGCUGAUGGGGAUAAGGGAGCCAAAGGGGAUAGAGGUGAUGAUGGGAUGCCUGGAGUGGCAGGGGAGAAGGGAGAGCGAGGCCUGAUGGGCCAAGCUGGGCUUGCGGGAGGUGACGGAAAAAAGGGAGAGCGAGGGGAUUCAACGUUUGAGGACAGUCUGGCCCAGAGGAUCUCUAUCCCAGGCCCUCCAGGGCCUCCCGGGCCCCAGGGUUACAUGGGACUUGAUGGAAGGCCUGGCCCCAAGGGGGAACCAGGUGAGGGAGUGAAAGGAGAUAAGGGGGAUGCAGGUGACAAAGGUCUUCCUGGGUUAAGGGGUACCCAGGGUCUUCCAGGUUCUAUAGGAUUGGUUGGUCUCCCUGGCACCAAAGGGGUAAAGGGAGAGCAAGGAUUGCCAGGAUUAGAUGGUUUCCCCGGGCUGAUGGGACAAAAGGGGGAGAGAGGGGGCAGAGGAGACAAGGGCGACAGGGGGAUGCUGGGAAAGAAGGGACUGAAGGGACAGAAGGGCGAGCAAGGCCCCCCUGGACUGGACCAGCCCUGUCCUGUGGGUCGGGAUGGAUUACCCAUACCUGGAUGUUGGCAUAAGUGAUGACUGACCCGGGACAUGGGAUCUGUACAUAUCGAUAUAUAUUUUUCAAAUAAAACUCAAAUGUUGUUGUUUUUUUGUUGCCAAUUCUAAUUUAAUAUAUUGAGUUUUUCGUAUUGGAAUUUGGAUUGUGGGUCUAUCACAAUCCAUAUUUUUUACUUUUAGUAUAUGAAUUGAAAACUAGUUUUUUGUUGUUAUGAGAUUACUUAGAGGAAGGAUAUCAUGCACACAAAGAGGGGAGACUGGUGACAAACGGAAAGCAGCAGCAAAUGCACUCAACACCUACCGGAUGGACAAAUGUUGCUGCUUUCAUCUAUACGGGGAGAAAUAAAUAAUUGAUUCUGACUAACAGGCUCACUAGUGUUCCCAUACUGGAGUGUACAACUCAGCCUGCACCUUGCAAAUAAAUCUACCCCAUCACUCCUGUGACCGCUUUGCUUUGAAAGGACCAGUCCUCACUGCAGGGACCCAAUGCCAGGUGCCUAUCCCAACCUUAGGAGAGAGGUAUGGGGAGGCACAGAGGACGGCCCUCACAGUGGAAUAGGAACCACACAGACUGACUGCGUUGGACAGAGACAGAUGACUGGAGGGACUUGAUUCAAACACCAGAUCCCUCACAACAAAUUACAGACAAACACUAGCUUAGAUGAAUGGAUUUAUUUCAAGUAAUUGUAAAUCCCUUACCAGUGUGUUAUCCAUUACAUGAGGUUGUAUGUUUUUGUCAUAAUGUGUGUUAAAACUAAUCAGAUCUGAAAUGAACCAAUGUUUUAAUACCAUGAUCUUUCGAUGGCUUUUUAGAUUUAACCUUUGUCAGUAGUCGUUUUCUUAAAUGUGUUUAAUGUUUAGAUCAAUAUUGGUUUAAAAUGUUUUAGAAUGUUUAUAAUGGUUUCAAAGUUGUUGCAUCAAAUGCUUUCUCGUUCCUCUGAGUGCUCUAACCAGUUAAUUGAUACAGAACACUGUAAAACUUUGUAGAUAAAUAUUAUGAGAUAUUCCUGUGUGUAGGUUUUGUGGAAAUUCCUUAGAUCUUUCUUAUAUUCAAGUUACAUAGCCCCUGAAAAAGUUAGAGCUAUUCAAACAGUCAUAUUUCAAUUUUCAUGUAAAAUGAAUGAUAGCAAGCCUAAAAAGGUUAAGGAUUUUUUAGAUCUGACAUCAAGGUAGAAAAAAAAUACAUAUUUUCAAACCUACCAGGUGGGCUUAUUGGGCUAAUUAUUGUUUGUUCUAGAAACAUGCAGUAUUGAAGUUGUCAGUCAUAUUAAAUACUAUCUCAAAUGCA